AUGCCCACAGGACAGAACGAUUGGACCGAACUGGAACAGGCGGAGGAGGACGCCACAAAGGUAAGAGCAAAGGAAGGUGGAGCAAAAGGGAAGCAUGGUGAUCUUCACUCGGUGGCCCAGUGUGGUUUGGAGGAAAUCGAAGCCAGCUACAAUCCGGUAGGCCAACAUGGCUGGGUCGUGGACUGGGUGAAGGUGGGGCCAGCCACCCUUCCAGUUCCAACCACGGAUUGGUGCUGCCGUCAUUGUCAGCGACAGAAAGAUUGCAAAGCCUUCAGAUUUGAAGGCAUUUCUGGAAGCAAUCACACGAGGUGUACUCUCAUGUCGCAAUAUGAGAAAGGCGUCGCCAACAGCAGCUAUCUCACAGUUGCCUCCGGCUUGCCAGCUUCUGUGGCGAUACAGGACGGGGGAUGGAAAUGUGGCAAGUGGUUCACCGGGAAUUGCCAGGAUUCUGUGGUGAUCUGUAUAUAA